GUGUGACGGAGGCAAACAAAGAGUGCACGUUCAGCUGGUUUGCCCAUUGUUACCUGGCUAAUUUCACAGCCGGGUGUUUCGAGGAUGGUGACCGACCGAAGUUCCAGAGCUACAAGGCAACGUGGUCUCACUGUGUGUCAGAUGCAGGCAACUUUGAAAAAGAACAACACAGCAUUUUAACUUGUCCUCCGAGUGUUCAGUAUUCAUGUUGAACGCUGGAAGAUAUAUCGUGUUAACUGUUCAAGAAAGAAAAGGAAUAUUUAGCUAAAAUAUACGUACAAAGGGCAACAAAAUGGCUUUGUCAAAUGGGACUCUAAAAAUGACCAUAGCAAUCGCCGUGAUUUCGUUAUGCGGAUUUUUCCUGUUCGCCAGUUAUUCGUACAAACUUAACAACAGGAAAAACUCUUUCCAUCUGCCCGAAUUUUCAAAUAAUCACGUCAACAAGAAACAAAAGAUUGUUUCUAAUGAUCUAAAUGCGAAAUACUCGAGUGAUGAGAAUAGUGAGGAAAAAACUCACCUAAAAACUGAAGUGCCAAACAGUAUACAGUACAGCCAAUAUUUUAUGUCGACCAAAACACCUGAAGAAGUAGUUGAAGAAACAACAGCAAGCCUCGACGAGAAAAUAUUGCCCAACAAAGACAAAGACAUGAGUACAGAAACAAAAGACUUCCCAUGGAAGUUCGAAUCCCAUGGAAAGAAAGCCAUUCGCACGACAGCCGUGCCUAAGACGAUUUCUACAAAUGGUCGGUCAGAUUCCAAAAGCUCGAAACGAAAAAAGUCCCACCAUUCGCCCAUACAGAGGAGCCGGGCCCCAAAAUGGUUCAGCAAAGAGGACAUCGACAAAAUGACUCAUCUGGCGACUUGGAACAUUUCUCACCUGGAAACCAUACCCGAACAUCCUCACGUGGACAAGAUAGUUUUCGACAAUACGGGUAAGUUCGAGUUUCAGCCCACUCCGACUGUCUGUACGGAUCAGUGCGCUGUUUUGAAGAGUUACCGGGACAUGUACGAAGUGGUGGCGUUUCAUCUGGACAGAGUGCUGGGGCUGAACCGCGCUUUGCCGGCGGUGGCACGCGCCUUCACCGGGCUUGGGAACCUCGGGCUGCGGUACGAGGACGGCCGGGCCCGGCCGCUCAUCUGGUGGGACCCGGACCUGCUUCACGGUGGGGAGUUUCAAGAGGACCAGAACUCGUUCGAGCUGUCCUGGUCGACGUACCAGAAGGUGCUGAGGAAACGGUGCUGGGCGGACGGGAGAGAACCCCGGCGCCGGGACAGGUGUUCCGUGGUGCACUUGGAGUGGGCCCGCCUCGCCGUUUUUGACUUCCUCCUUCAGGUUUACGACCGGCUUGACAGAAACUGCUGCGGGUUCCAGCCGACAGAACAGGACAAGUGCCUAACGGACGGACGUAACGCGGACUGUGACAACCCGGACCGUGCGGCACCGCUGAUGCUGGUGCACAUCUUCAGCAGCGGGAGGCACCCCACCCGCCUGGUGUUCCUGGACAACGCGGGGGUUCCGGAACGGAGGGAGGACAACCUGGACUUCCGACUGCUUACUGGGAUCGACGAGGUUCCACGCAGAGCGGUUGAGGUGUUGAAGUCUGGACGGUUGGGUGAGCUCCUGCUGCGGUCCUUACAAGUGGAUAAAGUCUUCUGGGACACACAAGACCGAGACGAGCUGAUCAAAUAUGUCCACAUACUCCAUAGAAGGGGCAAAAUCCUCGCAGAUUACAUAGAGGAUAAAGACAUCGCUUUAGUGGAUGAUUACUGAUUACACAUUUUAUUAUUUCAAAUUGCUCCCUUCUACGAUAUCACGAAAAAAAGGGCCUGUGUAAAGAGGUCAACAAAUUCAAUCCUAACUUCUCCACGUUUUCAGGCAAAAAGAAAAAUUCUCUCCCAAACUCACAUGUUACAGAAAAAGUGGGAUAAUUUUUUUCGUCUUCCUUUGUCUCGGAAAAAGAAGACGAACCCAUAAGUUAGUAUUAAGUGUCAUUUUUUUAUGUUACACAGUACUUGCAAUAAACUUUCACUGAUAUUGAUGUUCCUCACUGAGCAAUGAAUGAAACGAAUACCGAAAACUGACACAAUAAAACUGAUGAAUUUCGAAUUCAGCGGACAGUAACUUGAAACCGAUCAUGAUGCAGUGUUCAUAGGGAAAAUAAUUAUUUAAGCAUGUUUAGACGUUAAAUUCCUCCAAAAAGUCCAUUGUCAGAGUUCGCAUACUACAUUCUACGUUUUUUACCAGCAGAUGCCACACUUUUCACUAGUUACUA